CUAAACUCCGGACCGAGCACAUGGUGAACCGUAAAGUUCAGUCAACCAAUAUUUUCUGCUAGUUUUGUGAACUCUGUUGCGCCGUCAACGGGUGUAAAUAUACUCUCUGUGUGUUUUAUGCACACGCGCGAAGAAUUUAAGAUUCUUCAAUUUAAUCGUGAAAGAAAAAAUAGCAAUAAUUGUUCAUAAUGUCUGUCCUAAAACUAAAGCCAGCAUUUAAACCAACCUCUAAAAAAAUUAGAAGUUCAAAAAACAAGAAAAAAACUUGGAUUAAAAUAGAUACCCAAGAAUUUGAUAGCCAUUUACAAGAAAGUUUGUUACAAGAGAGAUUGGGUGGUUCUCUCUCUGAUAAAAAGGACUCUGAACUAUUUUUUGAUGAUACAAAACAAGAAAAAAUAAGUAAAAAACAGUACAGGGAUACUUUAGUUAGCAGUCAACCAAAGUGUUUUAGCAUUUUAACAGAGUAUUCAGCUGUUCCUGAUCCACUUGUUAAGAGAAACAGGGUGAGAACACCUGAAGAGCGACAGAAGACUCUUCAAAAGAGAUUGAAAAAUAAAGUGACAUUGACUCAGAAAAUUGCUAUGCCCGAAAUGGGAGAUAUUUUUAAAGGAGAUCUCUGGGAUUCAGAAUCUGUUGAAAAAAUUCCUCAAAGUGAAUGGUUACAAAAUAUUACUGUAACUCAUACGCUAGCAAACACUGGUCAUAAACGCAAAAAUGUUCCUACUUCUGUGUUAAAGAGGCCCUCAGGAUUACCUGCAGUGAUUGUAUCUCAUCCAGGUACAUCAUACAAUCCUGCUUAUAAAGAUCAUCAAGAUCUUUUAAAAAAACUUGCAGAUGAUGAACAAAAAUUGAUCAAGGAAGAAAAGCACUUGAAUCGUGUUACUCGUGCAAUCUUCAAAAAGGUUCCAGUAACUGAUAAGUUAGAACCUUUUAUACUUGAUGAAGAGAAGGGAAAAGAAGACGAAGACAAGACAAAAACAGAAAAUAAUAAACAGAUUAAAAAAGUGUCAAAAGAACGAAACAAAAAAACAAAUGCUCAACGUAAUAGACAGAAGAUAGAAAAGGAAAUAAGACGCCAAAAAUUAAUUAAACAAUUAGAGAAAAGAAAAGUUGCUGAUGUUUAUCAUUUAUCACAAAUAACAAAAAAAUUGAACAAAACAGAGGAAAAGAAUAAAAUUCUCAAACAAAAGAGAGAGGAAGCAAAGAAAACAGAAAAUCUUACAACAAAGGUCUUGAACAAAAAGAAAUUUGAACCAUUAGAACAAGAGUUUCAAUUGAGCGAAGAACUCGUAGGAAGUUUGAGAAGUAUCCAACCAGUGGGCAAUAUAUUGAAAGAUCGAUUCAAAUCUCUGCAACAACGUAAUAUUGUGGCACCAAGCUCUCUUGUUCUGAAAAAAGAUAAGGCUAAGAUCAAGAAAUUUUUAAAAGCAGAUCACAAAAUUGAUCAAAACCUAAUCAACCAAGCAAUAGGCAAGAAAGUCAAGUAAAUUAGUAUUGUAUAAUUUAUUGUUAUUUUAGUGAUUACGAGUACAAUAUAAGUUUGUAUUUUUAUUCAAAGUU